AGGAUCCCCGGGGGGGGGGGGGGGUUGUGGCGUCCCUCAGGCUGUCGCGCCUGCGCCUCGCUCAGAUCCCGGUGGCGGGGCGGCCAUGGCGUCGGGAUGCCGGAUCGGCCCGUCCAUCCUCAACAGCGACCUGGCGGCGCUGGGCGCCGAGUGCGGCCGCAUGCUGGACUCCGGGGCGGACUACCUGCACCUGGACGUGAUGGACGGGCACUUUGUUCCGAACAUCACAUUUGGACACCCUGUAGUAGAGAGCCUUCGAAAGCAGCUGGGUCAGGAUCCUUUCUUUGAUAUGCACAUGAUGGUUGCCAAGCCAGAGCAGUGGGUGAAACCAAUGGCUGUAGCAGGUGCAAACCAGUACACUUUUCACCUAGAGGCUACAGACAAUCCAGGGGCACUGAUUAAAGACAUUAGGGAAAAUGGGAUGAAGGUUGGCUUGGCCAUCAAACCUGGAACUGUAGUUGAAUAUUUAGCACCGUGGGCCAAUCAGAUAGACAUGGCUUUGGUGAUGACAGUAGAACCUGGAUUUGGCGGGCAGAAGUUCAUGGAAAACAUGAUGCCAAAGAUUCAGUGGCUGAGGACACAGUUUCCUUCCUUGGAUAUUGAAGUGGAUGGUGGUGUGGGGCCAGACACCAUCCAUAAAUGUGCAGAGGCAGGAGCAAACAUGAUUGUGUCUGGCAGUGCUAUUAUGAAAAGUGAAGAUCCUAGAUCUGUCAUCAACCUCCUGAGAAAUGUGUGUUCAGAAGCUGCUCAGAAACGUUCCCUGGACCGAUGAGACCGCCAACUCAUGCCAAGGUAGCUUGGGUGUGAACGGGUCCUAUUCCAGUAUGGGAACAUCACUGCUGAACCAGGACUGCAGCACUGAAGAAUUGCUCCUUCACUGCAAGCAGCUGUUUUGCCAGGGCUGGAAAUACAAUCAGCCAGUGCUAUCCCUUCAAUUGACUGGAGACUUAUUUUAUAACAGGAAUUGGAUGGAAACAAAAGUGUGGGUUUUUGCUUGAAAUAUGUGGAAGACUAAGUCUGCUCUGUGCAUUCCUACAAAACUGUUUCAAUGUUUGAAAUAAAACACUGGUGAUAAGUCA